UAAACCACUCCUGCUAGUGCUGCAUAGUGUUACUGUCGACAUAUCGCAUAUGUCAGGUCACGCUGUGGACAAUGAGUAGCCUGUCAUGAUUCCGAAUGAUGGUUCUGCACAUACUAGAGAUCUAGAGAACUAGCAGCUGCUACUAGUAGUAGUACUGACAAUAGUUGGAAGUGUUUACUGUUUUGGUCACUUUUUCAAUUGUUUUGUUCAGCGUUUGUGUUUGUAUGAUCGAACGAACCCUCAGAGCUGUUACAUCGAACAGUAAUAUAUGACUAAUAAUCACUAGUACCGGUAGUGAUAAGAGCGUGGGCCAUCAUGGAACCGUCAGCGAAGGUAGCGCGACCAGAACCCCUACUGUCUAGGUUGAACAACGGCGAGAAUGUGCUCUGCGCCGAAGGCUAUCUGUUUGCAUUUGAGCGGCAAGGCUACCUCACAGCCGGUUCAUUCGUGCCGGAGGUUGUCAUCGAGUAUCCUCACCUGGUGAAGCAGAUGCACCUUGACUUUGUACGAGCCGGUUCGGAUGUUGUGGAAGCGUUCACAUACUAUGCCCAUCGGGAGAAGUUGCGUAUCAUUGGACGUGAAAAUGAUCUGGAGCAGAUGAACAGAUCGGCACUCAGAAUAGCCAAGGAUGUGGCGACCUCCACUGGAACUCUGAUGGCUGGCAACAUUUGCAACACAAACAUUUACGAUCCAACCGACCCGGAAAUGAUCGAGAAGUCACGGGGAAUCUUUGAGGAGCAGGUCAAGUGGGCAGUCGAGGAAGGAGCGGAUUACAUCAUUGCUGAGACCUUUGGAAUGCAGGCGGAAGCUCUGCUGGCGUUGGAAGCAAUCAAAGCACAUGAUAUACCGGCCGUGGUGACCAUGACUCCUAACUUGGACGACGACACCACGAUAGAUCCCGGAGAGAAGAUCCCGGUUGCGCAGGCGCUCCGUACUCUUGAAGAGCACGGCGCUGAUGUGGUCGGGGUCAACUGCUGGAGAGGACCGGCUACCAUGCUGCCACUCAUGGAGAAGGUGAGGCGGGCAUGCAAGGGUCAUGUUGCUGCCCUUCCCGUGCCCUACCGUACCACUCCACAGCGCCAGUCGUUUUUCGUGCUGAAGGAUCUUGCGACCGAGUCACAGCUCUCCUUCCCGUGCAACCUGGAUGAGCACUUGGCAACUCGACGAGCCAUGGCCGACUUUGCCGUCAAGGCCAAUGAGAUGGACAUCAAGUACCUGGGCAUCUGCUGUGGUAAUAGCCCCGGGCACAUGCGCAGCCUUGCUGAAGCACUGGGCCGGCGGCCAGAGGCGUCCAAGUACUCUGCCGACAUGAGCAAGCACUUCAUGCUGGGUUCCGACUCUAGUCUGAAGGAAGCCAACACCAAGACCCUGCACCAGAAACUCUAUGGAGCAGCAGAGCCCGAAGAGGAGUGAUGUGUUUUCCACCAUUCCUACUCCUUGUUGCACUAAGGCACUGUUGUGCUCAUUGGAGGUGUUGAUUGAAUGGCUGUCUAUCGUUUUCUAUGUCAAAUGAUCUUAUUGCUUCUUUUUUAAUUCUAGUCCACUCAUUUUGUAGGAGUAAUGGGCAGUUGUGGAUCAGAUGCCUUUUAGCUUUCAACUUUCUUUUCGUAUUUUCGAAGCUGCAAAGCAACAUUAAAUUGUGUUUGUGAA